AUGUAUCUACUGAGUAGCUUCGUGCUGCUCACGGGGGCAGCCCUGGUGCUUCCCUCCACAACCACCGCUACGCUAGUCACCCAGAAGACACCCAACUUCGACGGCGGCACGGGAACGACUAACGUCGAGGCGCAGGCAUCACAGACCCAACAGCAAGCCGUCAGGUCGCCAGCGCCCCAACAGACCUCGCACCUUCUCGUCUCCCCCAACCUCCCUGUUUCGCCAUUCCCCGUAACACUUCAGCAUCCUCAUCCUCAACCGUCAUAUCCGUACUACCAAACCCCCGUUGUUUACUACCCUACAUACCAGCACGUGGGAUUCUACCCGGCACAACGACCUUCUUUCCCUAGCGUCUCUAGUGCUUAUCUCUCGGGCUUCCCCGCUGUCUCCAGUUUCGCUCCAACUUACUCUUACCCCUACGCAACACCCUUAACGUCCCAACCGGCAGUGCGACCAGUAGCCCUUCAUUAUGCGGAGUCUCUCGAACCAGAGGGCGCACCCGGUCAGACCGAAGCUGCAGAAGCCACGCAAGAGAACGAAAAAGACGCAUUUCAAACACCCGAAGCUACGGACGACGCCGUUUUUCUCGGCCGCGGCCACCGCGACCGGCCGUAUCCUAACAAGAGAUACCCGCAACGUCCGUAUCCCAACAAAGGCUAUCCUCCUCACCAGAAAUACCCGCAGUACCCGCACUAUCCUCACAGGGGAUAG